AUGGAUUAUUCAUCUAUAUCCAACGAUCCAGAUCAUCCCGCUGGCACAUCACCAUGGGGUUCUUCGUCUCCGCGAGUUGAUAGGACCAUCCCUCCUGCGGCUGACUUUCCGCCGUCCCCUUUGCCGCCCCCGCAGCACGACUCUCCUUACACAGACGCAUCGGAGCAUAUGCAGCCUCCAACAACGGGGGCCACAAACUCCUCUGGCUUGUCAGAUCGCCUUCAGAAUUCUCAGACAGACGGUACCAAUUAUGACGAGGGCCACGCCGAACAGGCCCACCCACACCAGCCUCACUCCCAAACGACCGGCCGCGCUCACGCGCCCGCAAGAUACCAAACCGGAGCCAGACAGCAAUCGCGACAGAAUGCUUCUCAAUACAAGCUGCAAGCGAAGAUCACUGGUCUGGAAAGAGUUGGGAAGAAAGAUCCAAUCCUACGCUUUGAUGUGCACACCAAUAUACCCAGGUUCAGAACCACUCAAUUCCGCGAUGUACGACGUACCCAUUCCGAGUUCAUUAAAUUGGCCGACCACCUAAUAUCAUCCAACCCCGAGGCGAUUGUCCCUGCUGUUCCUCCGCCGCUCACACCGGCUGGUGCCGGAACGGAUGAAGAUGAGAUGCGCGUGAAAGCUUCGAUGCAGAGGUGGCUCAAUUAUGUCUGUAGCAACGAUGUACUUAUGCAUGAUGAAGAGGUUGUCCUCUUUGUGGAAAGCGAUGCGGGCUACAGUCCCAUGAUUAGAAUGAAACAACCUGCUACGGGUGUUCGAAGGAAAUAUUUGAAGCAGUUUGCUCCGCCGCCAGACGAUACUCCAGAGCUUUUAGAUGCGCGACCCAUCGUUAAACGAUUUUACCUUGGAACCAUGGAAACAGCCCAGAAAGUUGAUCGCAUUGUAAAAGCUAGGAGAGGGCUUGCGCUCGCCGAAUCCGACUUAGGUGUCAAGUUGGGACAAAUGCAUGUGCAGGAGACUCAUCCUGGAUUGGCAAACGCUUACCGGAAGCUUGGCAAGAUUAUUCAAACUGUCGGCGAUUAUCACGCAGCACAAGGAACAGCCGAAGCCACGACACUUAGUGAUCCUUUGAAUUACCACUCUUCAGAUGCUUUCAUAGUCAAGGAAACUCUGACAAACCGCCAUAUUCUUUUGCGUGAAUUGAUCCAAGCGCAGCAAGCAUCAAGAAGCAAACGUGCUGCCGCUGACCGACUGAAGGCUAGCUCAUCCGUUCGAGCUGACAAGGUUGAUGAGGCUAUCACCGCCUUGGAUGAAGCUAUCCAACACGAGGAAUACCUGACGAAAAAGACCCAACGAGUCACCAACAAUCUGCUCCAAGAAAAGCGCCGCUGGUUCAACCGUACGGCAGACGAUCUUUUGCUUAGCAUAAAAGAGUACACACUUCGUCAAAUUGAGUUUGAACGCCGCACCCUCAGUACACUCGAGAGCGUGCGUGCUGAUGUCCGUGCGAUUGACUCUUCCGGCGGACUUAGCCGUUUGGGCCGUGAGUCGCACCCUGCAGCUCGCCGGGCGAGUUUGGCUUCCAGCCAAGGCCCCAAGGGUGAUGCGUGGAGCGGUGUCCCUCGGCGAGGUGAUAGUUUGAAUCGAAGCAUUACUGGAAGUCUUAUUGCUCCCUUACCCGAAGAGGAUGCGGAAGUGAAUGGCAGUGGGUCAAGAACGGGUAUCGUCAGAUCCCGAAGUGGAACAAUUGAAGACGAUGAGGAUCGUGUUGAUGCGAAAAAUGCGGCAAGUCGUUUGGCGACAAGCACAUUCUAA